AACCGCACAGAAUUAUAACCGUCCUUUCCCUUUCAAAGUCGCAUUGUUCCAGUCAAAAAGCUUUAAAAGAAACAGUUGUGGUUUUGAUAAUAUUUGCGGCGACUGUUUAUGGAUUGUUCCUCUUUUUGCACACGUCAGGCUUAAUAAUGCGAUCCUUGUCUCUAAAGCGGAGAAAACGCACAACAAUAUGCCUAUUUUUACCUUCAUCCAAAGAUUCUAAAGCACCGAUUCUAUAAGUCGAUUCAAUCUCCGGGAGUUGCGAACGAACCCCCGGAAAUAAAGACUGAAACAUUUUAGCAAAAUAAUCCAGUGUGUCGGCAGAUUCUGAUUUCUCUUUUAAUCCAACAAUUCGAAUAUUAUUCUGACGCAACCGAGCUUCCAGAUCCACGAUCCGUUGUUGAGCCUUAUCCAAACAAGAAGAAAUAUCAGCCACAUUUCGAUUAACUUCUUUAUGAUCAAGUCACAGAGUCAAUUUUUUCUUCAAAUUUCUCUUUUAGUUGAGUUAUUUCAGUGCAGAUACUGCUGAUUCGAGAUUCUAAUCUCUUGACCCAAAGGGGUUCUUCGGCAAACUCGUCAGCCUUUUUAGAUUUCCCAUUAGACGUGUCCGGAUUUUGUCUGGUGCUCUUCGAAGUAGCCAUAAUUAUAACUAUUGCUGUACAGAUUCGACUGAAUAAAGUUGAAAUUUCAAAGUUUAAAUCGGAAAAGGAAGAGAUUAAAGGCAGACAGUCAGCAACUGAGUCUUACAUGUCCAAGAGCGGGAGGCAGAGUCCGACAAACUAACAAGGUAUCACCGGCAGAAUCAGAAAAGCCAAUAUAUUCAAUCUCUAUUACACCAUGUGCUAUAUUCAAGUUUGCUGAUGACACCUCUGUCAUAAGCCAAAUUAAAAUUAAUGAUGAAUCAGCAUAUUGGAGGGAGACUGAAAUCUGGCUGAGUGGUGUAAUAACAACUUCUUACUCAAUGUCAGCAAGACCAAGAAGCUGAUUAUAGUCUUCAGGAGAAGGAAACCAAAGUCCUCAUUGGAGGAUCAGAGGUGGAGAGGGUUAGUGACAAAAUUCUUAGGUGUUAUUAUUUUGGAGGACUUGUCCUGGGCUCAGCACAUAAGUGCAAUUGUGAAGAAAAGACGGCAGCGCCUCUAUUUCCUUAGGAACUUGCAGAGAUAUGACAUAACAUCUAAAAUUUUGACAAACUUCUAUAGAUGUGUAGUGGAGAGGAUAUUGACUGGCUGCAUCAUAACCUGGUAUGGAAAUAACAAUGCCCUUGAAUGAAAAUCCUGCAAAAGGUAGUGGAUAAGGCCCAGUCCAUCAUUGGUACAGCCACCCAACUAUUGAGCAUAUCUAUAUUAAACACUGUUGCAGGAAAACAGCAUCCAUCAUCAGGGACCCCCACCACCCAGGACAUGCUUCCUUCUCAGCUGCAGCCAUCAGGAAGAAGGUACAAGAACCUCAAGACUCACAACACAAGUUUCAGUAACAGUUACCACCACUCAGCCAUCAGGCUCUUAAAACGAAGGGGAUAACUUUACACAACUUCAGUUGCCCCAUCAUUAAAAUGUUCCCACAACCAAUGGACUCAAUUUGAGGGGCUCUUCAUCACAGGUUGUUGAUAUUUAUUGCUUAUUUACUUAUGAUUGUUGUUUCUUCUGUUUGUAUUUGCACUGUUUGGCAUCUUUUGCACACUGGUUGAAUGCCCUAGUUGGGCAUUGGUUCUGUUACGGCUAUUAUUCUGUAGAUUUGAGUAUGCCCACAAGAUAAUGCAUGUCAGUGUUGUAUGUGGAGAAAAUUAGAAUAUGAAAGAAAGGAUGUAACACUGAGGCUUUAUAAGACACUGAUGAGGCCUCAUUUGGAGUAUUGUGAGGAGUUUGUGCCCCCUUAUCUUAGAAAGGAUGUGCUUGCACUGGAGAGGGUUUAAAGGAGGUGCAUGAAAAUGAUUCUGGAAUUGAAAGGUUUAUCAAAUGAGGAGCAUUUCAGAAGAAUUGGGGGAUGGGGGGGAUCUCAUUGAAACCUAUCAAAUGUUAAAAGGCCUCGAUAGAGUAGAUUUGGAGAGAAUGUUUCCUAUGGUGGAGGAGUCUAAAACCAGAGGACACAGCCUCAAAUUAGAGGGACAUCCAUUUAGAAGGGAUACAGAGAGGAGGCAGGAGAUUGGGGCUGAGAAAGAAAUGGGUCAGUCAUAAUAAAAUGGUGGAGCAGGCUUGAUGGUCAAAUGGCCCAAUUCUAUUCCUAUAUAUGUGGUCUUGUAUCUGUACUUUGAUAAUAAAGUUACUUUGAACUUUGAGUAACCAUCAAUUAUACUUACCGUGCUAGCUCAUGCUGCACUGUGGCAAACCUGAUCACCUGGCUGUACCUCUACUUUUGGCUCGAGGCAGAGACUGAGAACUCCAGCACCAAUAGUGAAGAUCAUAAAGGCAUGGCCAAGGGAGGAGGAGGAGCUUAGAUUUGAUGGACUGGGCUAUAUUCAUGAAUCUGAGGGCUAUGGCUGUAUCCACUUCAUCAAGACCAGUGUGCCUUCCAGAAUUCUCCUGACAGAUAAACCAGGAGUUUCGCAAUCUGCUAAGCACUGGCACAAUGGUGUUCAAGGCCUGUGAUUCAGAACCCUACAAGGGUUUAACCUAUGGAAGCCUUUCAAGAGAGUGAAAAGGCUGUUUUGUAUGAAAUUAGAGGCAAGCGGUUGCAUGACAAUUGUGGCAGAGUUUGCAUGGUACUACUCCCUAUUAGGCAAAAUCUAAUAGCAUAAAUGGAAGUGAUGCUUCACACCCCAAUGAGCUCAACACCUUGUACAUCUGCUUUGAGAGGGAUAAUAUUGCUACACUAAUGCAAAUGCCCACAGCAUCCAGUGACCCAGUGAUCUCCGUAUCAGAAGUUGAUGUCAGAAUACCUUUCAAAAGGGUGAACCCUAGCAAGGCGUCAGGUCCCAAGGGUUUACCUAGCUGGAUACUGAUAACCUGUGCCCAUCAACUGGCUGGAGUAUUUAAGGACAUCUUCAACUUCUCACUGCUGCAGAUUCCCAUCUGGUUCCCAUCUGCUUCAAAAGGGCACAUUCAUACCAGUGCCCAAGAAGAGCAGGGUGAUCUGCCUUGAUGACUGUUGACCAGUAGCACUCACAUUAAUUGCAAUGAAGUGGUUCAAAAGGUUGGUUAUGGCUAGAAUUAACUCCUCCCUCAACAAAGACCUGAAUCAUCUGCAAUUAACCUACAUCAACAGAUCUACAGCAAACACUAUCUCUCUGGCUCUCUAAUUUGCCUUGAAUAACAGCAAAAUGUAGGUCAGACUGCUGUUUAUCAAUUACAGCUCAGCAUUCAAUACUAUUAUCCCAUCAGUAUUUAUCACCAAGCUUCAAAACCUGGGCCUCUGAAACUAGAUCCUCACUUUCCUCGUCAGGAGUCCAUAGUCAGUAUGAAAUGGUAGUCACAUCUUCUCCUCACUGACAGUCAACACAGACAAACCUCAAGAUAUGUGCUUAGCCCACUGCUCUUCUCUCUUUACACACAUAACUAAUAGCUAAGCACAGCUCAAACACUUUACAAAUUUGCAGAUGACACCACUGUUGUUGGUAAAACCUCAGAUGGCAAUCAGAAGGCGAGAAAUGAUCUGGCUGAAAUGUGUCAGAACAACAAUCUAGGACUCAACAUCAACAAGACCAAGGAAUGGACUGUUCUCUCAGAAAGGGGACAUCUGGAGAACAGGUUUCGGUCCUCGUUGAGGGGCAAGCACUGGAAUGGGUGAACAACAUUACAGUAUGUUCCUGGUGUUAACAUCACUAAGGAUCUUUCUUGCGCCCAGAAUAUUGAUGCAUUCAAACAGAAGGCACACUAGCUUCUCUGCUUCAUUAGAGCUUAAGGAGUUUUGAUAUGUCACCAUAAACUCUUGCCAGUUUCUACAGAUGUAUGGUGGAGAGCAUCUGACUGGUUGCAUUACUGCCUGGUGUAGAGGCUCCAAUGCAUAGGGUCAAAAGAGAUUGCAGCAGUGUGGUGGACUGGGUCAGCUUCCUCACCAUCGAUGACGGCUUUAAGAGGUGGUGCCUUAAGGUGACAUCCAUCAUUAAGAACACUCACCAUCCAGGACAAGCCCUCUUCUCAUCUAUCAUCAGGGAGAAGGUACAGGAGUCUGAAGACUCACAGUCAACAAACAGAAACAGUUUCAUUGCCUCUGUCAUCAAAUUUUUGAAUGGUCCAUGAACACGACCUUGUUAUUCCUUUUUUGAAAAAAUUAUGUAUAUUGUAAUUUAAAGCCAUUUUAUGUCUUUGCACUAUACUGCUGCUGCAAAGCAAAAUAUUCAUGACUUAUAAGAGAGUGACAAUACAAUCUAUUCUAAAUGAGCUGCCAAAGGUAGGUACAUGAACUACAUUUAAAAUAAUUCACUUGGACAGGUGCAUGGAAGGGAAGGAUGAAGAUUGGGCCAAAUAUGGAAAAUGGGACUAGAUUGGGUGGGAUCUUGGUCAGCAUGGGCCAUUUAGGCUGAAGGGCCUGUUUCAUUACUGUGUUAGAAAGAUUUUGGCUGUCCCUACCCGCUCAUAAUUUUAUAAACUUUUCCAGUCUUCCCAUCAGCCUCUACUCUAGAGAAUGCAUUCCUAGUUUGUCCAACCUCUUGUAGCUAAUUCCCUCUAAUCCAAGCAGCUUAUUGUUAAACCUCUUCUGCACCCUCUUGAAAGCCUCCACGUCCUUCCUUUAAGGAGUGCAUGCUCAUAAUGCAGUUGUAUUAAACUUUCCCAGUGCAGCCAAGCCUAAAUUGUACAUAACUUCACCAUGACUUUAUGACUCUUAUAAUCUGUGCCCCUCCCAAUGAAGGCAAACAUGCCACUCACCUUCUUUACUACUUGGUUUACUUGCAUUGCCACUUUCCGGUGGCUAUGGAAUUGGACCACACGAUCCCUCUGUAUAUCAUUGCUGUUAAUCAUCCUGCCAUUAACUGACAUUUCCCUUUACAUGCGACCUCCAAAACUGCAACAUCUCUCACUUGCCUCAAUUAAGCUCCAUCUGCUAAGUCUGGAAACAAUGUUUGACAGUUUUACUCAGGAUGUGUCCCAGAGAUGCAGACAAGGAGUAAACUUUCAAAUAUGGUAAUGGCAGUAUAGACUUCUUCAAAACCAAGUCACAUAGAUGUACCUGUUACUCCUAUAAAGCUGAAUGUAAUAUACAGUAAGCCUGAAGCAGAAUGAAAUUCAUGGAACUGCAAACUGAUAAAUUGCCAGGGCUUAAUGACCUACACCUCAAGUUAUUGAAUGAGUUAGCUGUAGGAUUAGGCAAUACAUUGAUCAUCAUCAACUAAAACCCUAUAAAUUCUAAAGCAGUUUCUACAGAUUGGUAGGCAAUGAAUGUUGCCUCUUUUAAGAAAGGAGAAUUAGAUUGGAAGCUAUAGACCAACUGGGCUGACAUCAGUCAGAAGAUGCUCGAGCAUAUCAUCAACAGAGUGGUAGUAGAUCACUUAGAAAAUAAUUGCAGCACUCGGGCAGAAUUGAUAUGCUUUUGUGAAAGGGAAAUUCACGUUUGGCAAACCUGUUGGGUUUUUGAACCUGUAUCUAGCCGAAUAGUGUACUUGCAUGUGUAAUAAAGUAUUUAAUCAAGUUCAAGAGUAGAAGUUACUAAUACAUUUAGGGUGUGUGGGUUUGGAAUGUUAUGAAAAUGUAGCUGGAAACCUUUAGAGAAGGAAGAUCAGAGGAGAUGAUUUCCUGGUAUUGAAAGGCUCAGCAAGGGAAAGGUAAGGUAUAGUUUUCAGGGAGAUCUGAGUAAGAGUUAUGAUGUGAAACAAAAUGUGUAUGAAAAUGUGAAGAUGAAAAGCAUUAAGAAAAUUCAAAUGAAUUGUUAUUAUUGUUAAUAAUACUUUAUAGUAGUUUGGAAAAACUUUUACAGCUGCAAUUAUUGUAGUAGUUAACAGAGUAUUGAUCCAAAAUAAAUUUUAGGAAUAUAGUUAAAUACUAUUUGCACCUGUUGAUAGUUAUGAAUAGUUGAAGUAAUGCCAUAGCACAAACUGUGAGAUUUGUUAUAAAUAAAAUGUACAGUUGAAGUAAGUUAUCCAGAUUGUGACUUAUGAUUCAAUUGGAAUUUGUGAUCAAGAGUUUAAACAAAAUAUUAAUAGAUUUCUACAGAUUAUUUUCACUGAUGUAACCAUGAAUAUAUAAUACUAUUUCAAAAAUUGUAACUGAAUUAAACCUUUUAUUUCUAGUUCCAGUUUUCUUCCAUGUUUACUCAGUUGGCCAGACUCUUCCAUGCCUAAUGAGAGAUCUUUUGUUUCAAGGCUUUGUGGAUCCAAAGUUUGAGUGGAUUGGCCCUAAUGGACUAAUUUCUAAAGAAUCACAAAGAUUUGUCAUCACAGACAAUGGAAACUUGGUGUUUGAUACCAUUUAUGUAGUUGAUUCUGGAAAUUACACCUGCAAUCUUAUGUACAGACUUGAUUUGAAACAAGUGACAAGAUUGGUCAGAUAUACAGUCUAUGUGUAUCACAAUCCAAACAAAAGUGUCCGCCUGGAAGCAGAUUUCUAUGCAACUAAGUGUAACAACAAUGAAAUUACUAAGUUUGAGAAACACUUGCAGAAGCAGUUGGAAGAUGCUGUCCAGGAUUUGCAGUGUGAGGUGCAUCACUGGAAUUCUGCAUGUCACGGUAUCAAACCCUCACCAAUGAGUCAUAUAUUUAAUUUUCAAUUCAUUGUGUUUCCAUUUGCACUUGGCUGGGCUGAUGACUGUAGUGAUCCACAAUGUGACCAACAGUCAGAAGAACGUGUAAAAAAGGCAUACACACGAAUCAGAUCUUUCAUUGAGGACUAUCCCUUCAAAAGGAAGCUCCAAAAUAUUGACUACAUUGCAAAUUCUCUAAAUGGUGUGAAAGUAGAUCACUGCAAACCAGGAUUUGGCAAAAAUGUCAUAACAAGUAACCAGUGUGAAGGGUGUUGUGUGGCAUGUCCACCUGGACAUUUCAGUGCAAGGCAAGAUACAAUCUGCACUCCAUGUGCCUUUGGUUCAUUUAAUAGGCAUUAUGGAAAGACUGAAUGCACAAACUGCCCACAUAAUGAAGCUACCAACAGAAGUGGGGCAACAUCUCAACAAGAAUGCCAUUGGAUAAUAUAUCAAUGGAUGUUACCUGUGACCUCUACAAUAGGAACUUGCAUCUUUUUAAUAACCAUUUGGAUAAUAUGUCGGAAGUAUUGCAAGACACCAAUGAAGGGGAAAUACGUUCAGGUGAAGGAGGAAGAUGUAAAAGAAGAGGUGAAAACACUGGCAAAUAUUAUUAAAAAUGUUGACUUAUUGGAACAGAAAAGCAAGUUAAGGCCUUCAGAAUUUAUUGUUAGGCAUUCUCCAAAACAUGGAGUAGAAUUUUCAGAUGACCAGUGCAUUGACUUACUUAGUGAAACAGACACUGAAACAUGCAGGACCUUUGACACUUUGAAGUCUGAUGAAACUACAUGCCCAAAGAGCAGUAUGGAGGAAUGCAUUUCUCCAUACACAUCAGAUGAUUCCUGCUUUACAUCAAGAAGUUCAACUCCACAAAAUCUAGAAGCAAUCUUCAGGCAUGGAAGGUAGUUCAUAAACUUCAUGCCAAGAUCUGUACCGACGUAAAAUCUCACAACAAUAGUCUGUAAAUUGCAGGCUGCAUAUUGUUCUUUGAGGGCGUACCUGUAGAUAAUGCUAAAUAUAAAGAGAUCGAAGAUAGAAUGUCAUAUCAUCUUAAAGUGUUUAUUUAAAUGCUUUAAUUCAUCAAUGUUAACAAAAUGGUUUAAAUUAUACUGUAUACAUAUGAAAACAUACACAUGGGAAUAAAGUUCAUAUUCUGAUAU